CACGUCGCUGGCGCUUGAUUCUCCACCCCCUCCACGCGCGCGCUCUCUCUCGUCCAGGUCUUUUGCGUACGCGUCCUUCGUACCCUCUUAGUGUCACCUUGUCUUCGAAAAAAGUACACCAACCUGGGUUUGACCAUUCGCUAUGGCAGCGACACCUGGAACAAAACCGAAAACUUCACCCAAAUCUAUCAAGUUCCUCUUCGGGGGGUUGGCUGGGAUGGCAGCCACAGUAUUUGUACAGCCACUAGAUCUAGUGAAGAACCGCAUGCAGCUGAGUGGGGAAGGUGUAAAGACCCGUGAAUAUAAGACCAGCUUCCAUGCAGUGGCAAGCAUUCUGAGAAAGGAAGGCAUCCGUGGCAUCUACACUGGGCUGUCUGCUGGUCUCCUGCGCCAAGCCACCUAUACUACCACUAGACUUGGAAUUUACACCAUUCUUUUUGAGAAGAUGACUAGUGCUGAUGGGAAGCCACCUUCAUUUAUCAUGAAAGCAUUGAUUGGCAUGACUGCUGGAGCCACAGGUGCAUUUGUUGGAACACCUGCAGAAGUAGCGCUAAUUCGUAUGACAUCUGAUGGCAGACUUCCACUAGAACAGAGGAGAGGUUAUUCAAAUGUCUUUAACGCUCUUUUCAGAAUAACUAGAGAGGAGGGCAUCACGACAUUAUGGAGGGGCUGCAUUCCUACUAUGGCACGAGCAGUAGUGGUUAAUGCAGCACAGCUUGCUUCCUACUCCCAAUCUAAGCAGUUUCUACUUGACACUAGAUAUUUUAGAGAUGAUAUCUUAUGUCACUUCUGCGCUAGCAUGAUCAGUGGAUUGGUCACCACAGCAGCCUCAAUGCCCGUAGACAUUGUGAAAACACGAAUUCAGAACAUGCGAACCAUUGAUGGAAAGCCUGAAUACAGGAAUGGACUGGAUGUACUUAUCAAAGUGAUCCGCAAGGAAGGAUUCUUCAGUCUUUGGAAAGGUUUCACACCAUACUACGCUCGUCUGGGUCCACACACUGUUUUGACCUUCAUCUUCCUUGAACAAAUGAACAAGUUUUACAAGAUUUAUUUCCUAGACUCAUGAGAUUUUUCAUGUUUUUAGUCCUUUCUACACCUCCUUUUUUCAAACCAAUUUCUCAGCACAUUUUGCUUUGGGCUGUAUUGCUUGAAAUCCUAGGAUUAUAACCACACCACCCUAGUUCACACAGUUAUGACUUAGAGGAACUGUUUGUCCUGGGAGGUGGUUUAUUCAUUUUACAAUUUAAACAAACUGGACUUGAAGCUAUGCUGUGUUCACCUGUCUGCUUUUUAAAAAGUGGAGGCUUAGCCUUAUUAGGUUUGAGGACAUUGAGAAACUGAUUAAUAGGUAAACAGAAGAAGAAAUCUGAGCAGGGUAUACCUCCUUUCUCUCUGGUUGCCCUCCAGCAUCAUCUCGGUCCCCCUGCUAUUUAUAAAUUCAAAUGCUAAUUAUAAUUCAGAUGAAAAGCUUAAAUUGAGAGCUUGAUAUAUUCACACAGUGAGAUAUGUUUGUGUCCAUUUUCUGUCUUGUGUCGGUUUUGUAGUCUGACUUUGGAUGUCCUAGAGGGACCCUAAUGAAUGGUGGCAAUGGUUUGGAGUUUAAUACUUACUGAGCCUUACCAGUAAUGGGUUUAAAUUCCAACUCUCACACCAAAAAUAAUUUAUUCAGAUUUUCAACAUUGUGAAAUAGGAAGAUUCUAUUUAUUUCAAACCAAAUCUGUACUUGUGGAUUCUGCUACACUGCCACACCAAAGAACUCAUUUAGAUCCAGAUGUUACUAACAUGAACAAGAGUGAAUUCAAAAUGAUUUAUCUAUUGGUGCUUUGAAGGUGUGAGUGGAAACUUAACUUUGUGACUCACAAAGACACAAAACCUAAAUUACAUGAUGGCCAUUUUACCUUAAACAGUUACCUUUACGGUUAAUUUUAUUGUGAAGAUGUGCACAUAAACACUUUUAACCUUCAAAUAUGUAAUGUGUAGGAAAAAAGCCACAAUCAUGGUCAUUGGCUAAGGAAACUUGGGCCUCUUCUAUUUAAACUCCUAAUCAAAAGUAACUGUUAUUUAUGCAACCAUCAUGUCAUAAAUUGUAUUUGUGUAACCAUCAUGUCAUUUAUAGCUAUAGGUAGUAAUUAAUAAGAAAUAUAUAUCAGUAGGAAGUGGUAAACAAUGCGUUUUUGUCCAUAUUUCUUUCAUUAUUUUGAUUUAUGUUCUCAACUGCCAAGUUGCUUCAUAAUUCUGGUGUAUUUCAGUCUGGCUGUAUGGUCUCGACUAAAUCAGUUAACGUGUUUGGCUUAAGCAGCUAAUGAAAUAGCAAUGAAAAUGACAACGUUUGUCCUAAAAAAUACCAGUGAAAGUGUCUGAGUAAAGAAGCACAUACUAGAGAGAUUUUAAUAAGUUAGUUUUAAAUUCUCACUGUCAAAAAAAAAAAGUACUUUUUAUGUUCCUUUGAUAUCUGAUGGUCGUGGAUUUAUAACGUUACUCAUUUAAAUCAACUGUUCUUGGCAGAGUAAAACUCCAGCCUUAAUUACUAAAUGUAUGACACUUUAGGUUUAGGUGCUUGGCGUCACUUAGUUAGAUGAAAACUUCAUAGGAUUUUUAUUAUAAUAACCAAGCAAUUCCCCCAGUUGAUAGCUGCUUCCUCGACCUUUGGAUAAAUUAAUGCAUUAUGACAUAAAUAAUUGGCUGUUUCUUUGGCGGUGUGUGUUAAUACAGAUUUAGCAUAUGAUAGACAAUCCUACUCUCUUGUGUAAUGGCCCUGAAAGAGAAGCGACGCAGACAACUUCCAGAAAUGUCAUUUCAUUUCCUCUCGGUUCUCAGAAAUUUCCCACAUGUGAUAUCUGAGACAUUGAAGAGUGUGUGCAUUGUGCUUCCGUACAGACUGAUUAGCAAGCCACAUGUCCAUCACCACUUGGACAGCAGAUUCUUGGUUGACUCUUCCUGUAUUAAUUCUAAUUUGGUGUUUUUUAGGCUUCGCCAUACAGACCUUGAAGCAUGAUUAGAAGCGAUGACAAGGCAAAACAAAUGGGUUCAACAGGAAGAGGGGCCAAGUUUUAAAUUCAGGUGGUCCUAAAAGUUUUGGCCGUAGUUAUCUGAACUCGAACCCUCUGAUUUAAUUAAGUCAGUUGCAGCGUGAAAGUUUACACUUUCAAGUAAGUAAAUGUGAAAAUGUAGUUUUUAACCCUUUGUAAACCUAUCAUUUGCUGUGUAAGAUAAUAAAUAUAUAAUAUUCAGAGCCAUCACUGGUAUAUUAUAGCAAAGACCUGAAACUUCAGAUUUAAACGCGGUAACAGAAAUAGGAAUUACAGUAUAAUGUUGAAAUUAUUUUUUUAUGUCGGGUGUCUGCUCAUAUUUCCUCUGUCUUUGCCUAUUUUUAUAUUUUGAUUAUUACAAAGCUCAUCAAGAGCUUUUAUAUCUGUGUGGUACAGUGUGCUGUACUUUCACAGUUCAUAUUAAGUCUGAUAUUAUCAGAUUACUUACAUUUAAUACCUCAUCAAAAGGUUAUUAAUGCAAAUUUAAAAAAGCAGGCCUUGGCCUCAGCUACAGUGUACUGGUUGGCAACUUCAAAAAGAAAAAUAUUGUAAAUAUAUAUAUAUGAUAUCUUAAG